GGCGGCGCGCGGGGAGGGCGCGCGCGGCGCUGGCUGCACGCGCCGUGGCGGCUCCGGAGCGGCAGCGGCGGGAGGCACCGGCAGGCACCGGGGACAGCGGCGAUGUGCGCGCUGCUGCCCGCCGCCCCCUGAGACGCCCCUCUCUUGUCUCCCCCGCUCCCCUCGCACCCUUCUCCAGCGACCCCAGGCUCUUUUCCCCCCUCUCCCCUCUCCCCCUCCCUGCUCUCUGUCUCCUCUUCCCCCCCCCACCCCUUCCAGACCCCCCCGCUCCCUCCGCUUCUUUAUCCUCCGGUUCUUGCGACCCUCCCGGUUGCCGUGUGGAUGCGGCCCGGGCUGCCUGGCUGCGCGGGUGGCGAGAGCAGAUGCUGAGGGGCCGGAGGAGGAUGGAGAGCAGCCUCGAUGCGCAGAGUUUGAUCAGUAUUUCCCUGCGGAAGAUCCACAGCUCCCGCACGCAGCGAGGCGGCAUCAAGCUCCACAAGAACCUGCUGGUCUCCUAUGUGCUCCGCAACGCCCGGCAGCUCUACCUGAGCGAGCGCUACGCCGAGCUCUGCCGCCGCCAGCAGCACUACCCCGACGGAGCCCCGCUGCUCGCCAUGCCCGCCUGCCCGCCGCCCGCCGCCGCCGCCCCGCCGGAGCUGGCGGGGCUCCCGCUGCCCGCCGACACGCAGGACCGCGACGCGCGGAGCUGCGCGGUGGUGCGGGGCGGUGCGGAGCUGCUGGAGGUGCCGGUGUGCGCGGCACCCCCCGAGCUGCAGCGAGCGCCUUGCAGAGACUCGUCCCCGGGCUUCUACCGGGCCGCCAGCAGCGCCGGUCCCGGUGGUGGUGGCGGCGGCGGCGCGCCCCCGGGGCUGCUGUACGCCGCCGGCUGUGACUUCGGGAGCGGCGGGGCCCCGCACUGUAGCAGCCGCACCACGGUGCUGGAUUUGGACACUCACGUCGUGACCACGGUGGAGAACGGGUACUUGCACCAGGACUGCUGCUCGCAGUGCCCCUGCUGCUGCCAGCCGGCACCGGGGCUCGCCUCCCCGCCGCCCACACCGGGCACCAAGCGCAAGUAUUACCCGGGGCAAGAGGAGGAAGAAGAGGAGGGGGUGGAGGAAGGGGAGCCGGGGGGAGGCGGGGUGGCGGGCGGCCCCCCCUUCGCCCCGUGCACCAAACGCGCCCGGUUCGAGGAGUACAGCGCCGAGCACCCCCAGGACUCUAACAACAUCUCCAACUUGAUCUCCAUCUUCGGCUCCGGUUUCACGGGGCUGGUGAGCCGGCAGCAGGCGGACUCGGAGCAGCCCCUGAACGGGCAGCUGUGCGGCAAGCAGGCGCUGGCGAGCCUGGGAGCCUGGACUCGGGCCAUCGUCGCCUUCUAGAGCAGCGGGGAGAGC